AUGAUGGACUCACACAAGCAAUUAUUUUCCCUCUUAUCCAUUUCCCUAGUACUUCUACUCCUCUCAGGUAUGGCAGGAUUGCAAUCUGAGGCUCGUUUGCAGAAGGGUCACGAGCUAAAUUACGCACCCAAAAAAUUGUUCAUUUUUGGGGACUCUUAUGUUGAUACUGGAAACAAUAGAAAAGGUCAAGCUAGAUCCUGGCAAGUCCCUUAUGGCAUUACUUUUCCGGGCAAGCCUGUCGGUAGAUUCUCCGAUGGUAGAGUACUUACAGACUACAUUGCUAAUUAUUUGGGAUUGAAAUCGCCAAUCCCCCAUAGAUUGAGGAAAUUGAUGCCGCAACAUUUGAAAUACGGGAUGAACUUUGCAUUUGGAGGUACCGGGGUUUUUGAUACCUCUUUUAAAGCUCCAAACAUGACAACCCAAAUCGAUAUGUUGCAGCAACUCAUCAAAGAGAAAGUAUACUCUCCCUUAAGUCUCAGCAACUCUGUGGCCCUUGUCUCUGUUGCCGGAAACGAUUACACUCAUUACGUGGAAACAAAUGGCUCUACACAGGGUUUUCCGUCUUUCAUCGCCUCACUGAUUAAUCAAACCGCCACCAAUUUAAUUCGCAUCCAAAGGUUGGGAGUGAAGAAAAUCGUUGUGGAUAGUCUACAACCCCUUGGAUGCCUUCCUGCUUCUACAGCCUCAUCCUCAUUCCAACAAUGUAAUAGUACCUUCGACGACCUCGUAGUUCUCCACAACAACCUAUUGAAAAAAGCUGUGACCAAGUUGAACCAACAAACCAAGGAUCACUCCACCUUCAUAAUUCUUGACCUUUAUGAUAGUUUCAUGUCAGUGUUGAACCACCCUUCUACUAAUCACAUUAAGGACCAGUUCAAGCCAUGCUGCGUUGGGGUAAGUAGCCAAUAUCUUUGUGGUAAUGUGGAUGAGCACAACGUGAAGAAAUACAAGGUUUGUGAUAAUCCCGAAUCUGUUUUCUUUUGGGAUUCGGUGCACCCAUCACAAGCAGGUUGGAAUGCAGUUUAUAAUAAGUUGCAAAUGACAAGUGCUCUUCAACAACUCCGCUACUAG